AUGGAUGGGAUGGGAUGGCUCAGGCUGCCCUGGGAAAUUAAUCUUUGCCCUGGUCUUCACACCUUUUCAUCACUUUAUAGUAUGGAAUGCUACCUCGGGGAUCUCCGCUGGCGAGAUACCUAUGAGAUCGUUCACUUGGACGAGUAUGUCUGGGACUUCCGGAUUCACUGGCAGUGGCUGGGAGGUUGUGUUACCAAUGCAUUUCGUGCGUUGUGGUUGGCGGCGGUCAAAGACAGGGCCGGACUUGACAGGAGGACACCGAGACACAGUCUCUUAUCAGAGCAUCGUUGA